CGGCAUCUUCCUCUCGGCGGACAUCUUGUCGGCUCUUAGGUGGUACCAUCGGAGCAAAAGCUCGGGGUUGCUGGGCAGUUCCGAGGUGACGGAAGCGGGAGGCUGCGGGAGGAGUCGUUGUUCGCCCAUGCAGAGUGGCUCGCCAGCGAACACCCCGCCUCCACCCCCGGGGACGAACGACCACGGUGCCAGGGUCGCGCGACCUGGGACCCGCCUCGCGGCUCUGUGAGGUCUAUGAACUAUGAUGGCGGCGGCCGCGGUGUUGAGCCCGGCGCAGAUCCUUUGUGGUUGCUGAAUUGUAACAAGAGAGAGAACCCUGAGUGCCUGAGAGGGCAUGACUCUAGUCACAGCAGGAGGGGCUUGGACAGGCCCUGUCACAUUUUCCUAGGCCUGGACACACAUUUCGGCAUAGCACUUACCUGUCACCCACAGUCAGCCAAGGUCCUGCUAAAAGUCAUUGCAGAGGAUGAAGUUGGAGACCUUGUACUACACCCCAUCCUCGUGUCUUUGUUUCUUGUGAGGCCAUCUCCAUUCUGUGACUUUUAGAUUCCAGUACUGUACAGCAGCCUUUUCUUCAACCUGAUCCUAGCUCUGUUCCAUCAGGAAACUUAGGUACUCAGUCCUGGGUACAACAGACACACGUUUGUGAUGGAGUUGCCCCACCCACCAAAGUCAGCAUGUACAUCAAUAGUAUUUUUCUGCCUUCAGGUUGUUGGCAUGGAGUGAAGGAUGAAGCGUCAUCUUCUGAACAGAGCAUUUCUAUAGCAGUGUCACAUGUUAAUACUUCCAAGGCAGGUUUGCCCACACAGACAGCUUACCCUUGUGACAUAUGUGGCCCCAUCUUGAAAGAUAUUUUGCACCUGGAUGCACACCAGGGUGCACACCAUGGACUGAAACUUCACACAUGUGGGGCAUGUGGGAGACAAUUCUGGUUCGGGGCAAACCUUCGUCAACACCAGAAGUGUUACAGUAUAGAGAAGCCCUUAAGAAGGGAUGAAGGUGAGGCCUCAGUUGUGAAGAACUACACAGUUAGCAAAGAACCUCACCCAUCAGAGAAACCCUUUACGUGUAAGGAGGAGCAGAAAAACUUCCAGGCUACUUUGGGUGGCUGCCAACAAAAGGCCAUCCGCAGUAAGAGGAAGACACACGGGAGCACUGAGAGUGGGGGUGCAUUUCAUGGUGAACAGAUGCAUUACAAGUGCAGUGAGUGUGGGAAAGCUUUCAGCCGCAAAGACACACUUGUCCAGCACCAGAGAAUUCAUAGUGGAGAGAAGCCUUACGAGUGCAGCGAGUGUGGGAAGGCCUUCAGCCGCAAAGCUACACUUGUCCAGCAUCAGAGAAUUCAUACUGGAGAAAGGCCUUAUGAAUGCAGCGAAUGUGGAAAAACCUUCAGUCGAAAAGACAACCUUACUCAGCACAAGAGAAUCCACACUGGAGAAAUGCCUUAUAAGUGCAAUGAAUGUGGGAAAUAUUUUAGCCAUCACUCCAAUCUAAUUGUACACCAGAGAGUUCACAAUGGAGCAAGGCCUUAUAAGUGCAGUGAUUGUGGGAAAGUAUUCAGACACAAGUCUACACUUGUUCAGCAUGAGAGUAUUCACACUGGGGAAAAUCCUUACGAUUGCAGUGAUUGUGGGAAAUCCUUUGGCCACAAAUACACCCUCAUUAAACAUCAGAGAAUUCACACUGAGUCAAAGCCUUUUGAGUGCAUUGAAUGCGGGAAAUUCUUUAGUCGAAGUUCUGACUUUAUUGCACACCAGAGGGUUCACACUGGUGAAAGGCCUUUUGUGUGCAGUAAAUGUGGGAAAGACUUUAUCAGAACGUCCCACCUUGUUCGACACCAAAGAGUUCACACUGGAGAAAGGCCAUAUGAGUGCAGUGAAUGUGGGAAGGCCUACAGCUUAAGCUCCCACCUCAAUCGGCACCAGAAAGUUCACACUGCAGGCAGGCUUUAGGAGUGCUUUGAAUACAACAGGACUCAUCAAUCAGAGGUUGAAUUUCAUAUAUCUGAACAUUGAUACAAAGGAGAUUCCUUAUGGUGCCAGGUAUGUAGGAAGCUUCGAGGGAUAUGUUGCACUUUCUGACUUGUUCAGGUUUUUUGCCAGAGUUUUGUCGCUGUCAAUGCCUGUGGCCAAAACCAUCUUAACUCUACCAGCUUAGAUACCCCAGCAUUGGGGAACGCAGGGUUUUGUAUUCUCCAGUCCCUGGAGAAAAUCAUGAGAUGCCUGAGUUCAUUGGGGGUCCUCAUUCCGUUCUGUAUGACAGGUAUAGGUAUGGACAUGACCCAUCUUUAGCCACGAGGGUCUGCACUGUAUCUGCUGGUGUCUUAUACAGAAGGUUUACUUUCUUCGUGGAUAUUCUUGGUCUCACAUACUUGUAAUGAGUUUUUCCAGCCUCCAAGUCACCUGGCCUGGGAAAGUACUUGCCUCGUGUUGCUCUGCUUUGUGGUAAUAAAGGCUUUACAGUUUAAGCCACUUUUUA